AUGGGAAAAACGGCAAAUUUAAUUAAAGAUUUUUUUUCUUCUUCUCAUUAUGCUGUGGUGGGUGCUUCUUCUGUACCAUCAAAAUACGGAAAUAAAGUUUUAAAAUGGUAUAUAGCUAAUAAUCGCCCUGUCACUCCAAUUAAUCCCAAUGAAACGUCAAUUGAAGGUUUACAAUGUGUUCCGAACCUUUAUUCAUUAAUCUCAAAUCUUAAUCAUACUGAUGUUUCCGUCUCAGUUUUAACUUCUCCAAAAAUUACUAAGGCUAUUCUUGAGGAAGCUAAUAAGUUGGGAAUUAAAAAAAUUUGGCUACAACCAGGAGCUGAAGACACAGAAUGUCAAGAUUAUGCUAAUCAAGUGGGAAUAAACUUAAUUUCUAAUGGUCCUUGCGUUUUAGUUGAUGGUCCAAAAUUAUAA